AUCUAUGCUCUUGGGGUAUGUUUUCGUUAGCACCUUACUAAAACGCGAUAAAAUUUUAUUCUUUCCUAAAUUUGUUUAAUAAUAAAAGAAAGAGGGAAGAAAAAGGCCACAGAAAACAAGAAAUAAAACAACUCCCUCCUAGUGUUUUCAUAAAAGGCCAAAAUUGGAAUUAAGUGACUACACAAAAUGGGUGAAUAUGAAGCACUGAGUAUAGAGUCCUUUAAAUUUAUUUGUAGAACAUGCUUAAUAUAUAGGGAUAUUUUCUGUAUAAACGAAAUAAAGUGGGAAGAUAUCACGUUAAAGGAAAUAUUACAAAAUUUGAUUGCAAUAAGGUUUGAAGAUGAAGAUCAAAUGCCAAGUAAUAUGUGCAAACCUUGCAUCAAAACAGUAUUUAGCAUGUACGGGUUCUUCAUUAAGUGUAAGAAUAGUGAACGGGUGCUUAGACAAAUUUUACAUAAACAAAUUAAUGAAACUGAUUUUACCAAAGAGGAACAGAAUAAAAUUGUGCAAGAUAAUGGUGAUGAAACUGAGGCAAAUUAUAGUAGUUUAAAUAAAGAAAAUAAUGAUACAGACUAUGAUCCAGAUGAUCCAGAUGAACUUGUAAGUGGUGAUAGUUCUGAAAUUGAAGACGUUCCUGAGGAAGAAGCAAAAAACAAUAAACUCAUUAAUACUAUCCAAACAAUAAAAAAAGAAAUUAAACAAAUAAAGGUUAAAAAUAAAGAUCGUUUAAGAAAGAUGCAGAAAGCACAGAUGGUGUCACCCCAUGAACUACCUAGACCAAAAAGACCCUAUGUGAAAACUAAAGGACCACCAUUUAUUUGCAUCACCUGUCAAUCAUCAUUUUCUAAUUAUGAUGAUCUCAGGGCCCAUAAAAUUGAAACAAAGCAUAGAAAGGCAUUGAAGUUUGUUUGUCCUUAUUGUCAAAGAAAACAUGAUGCUUAUUCUAAAUAUUUAGAGCAUGUGCGAACUCAUACUGGUGAAAAGCCUAAUAUAUGUCCAACAUGUGGAAAAGGCUUUAACUUUAAAACUGAUUUAAGAAGGCAUAUGGUGUUACAUUCUGAAACUAAACCUUAUAACUGCAGGUUUUGCAAUAAAGGAUUCACCAGGAAACAGUAUUUAACAGAUCAUGAACGGAAGCAUACAGGAGAAAAGUUAAUAUGCUUGUUCUGUGGUAAAGGUUUUCAUUCCUAUUCUACAUUGUCUUACCAUGAAAAGACUCAUCGUGGGCCUCCCGGUUGUAUUAGAGACCCCAUGUCCAAAGAUAAGUACUACCAGUGUCAUUUAUGUGAUAAAGUUUUAUUAACUGAGCAGACGUUAAAAUCUCACAUCUUACUCCAUGGACCGAAAAAUUUUAGUUGUGAGAAAUGUGGCAAAACUUACAUUAGCAAGAACAGGUUGCAGGAUCAUAUAAGAUUUGCACACCAAGAAGCAAAAUUUCCAUGUUCAUUAUGUGACAAGGUCUAUAAACAGAAAGGUGGACUGGAUAUCCAUAUGAAAUCGCACUAUGGACAAAAUAUAUAUCCAUGUGAAGUGUGUAACAAACAAUUUGCUUGUAAGGGAUCACUAUAUCAGCACCGUAGAGUCCACACAGGCGAUACAAGAUACCAGUGUAAAGAAUGUUUUCAUAUAUGUAUUAACAAAAGGCACUUGGAAAAUCACUUGCGCACUCACACAGGAGAGAAACCCUUUGCGUGCGUCUUUUGUGGUAAAUUGUUUGCUCAAAAAGCGAACAUGGCAGCCCACACCAAGAUCCACACUGGUGAGAAGAAGCAUUUAUGUAAAAUAUGCGGCAAAGGAUUUUACGAUGGGCGAAGUUUGAGGAAACACGUCGCUGUACAUGAGAAAGUUGAUAGUGUAUCAUAAAUUAUCUAUAGUUUCGUCUAAAGUAAGAGUAUUUAAAACUAAAUUAUUUGUUUGUGUACAA